UCGUUUGCCGCGAAAACAUUUGUUUACUUUCUUUUUCUGUGGGAAUUUUGAUUGUAAUAAACUAAACUGAAACAAACUAAAAACAAAUUAAACUUGAUUGUUUUUGCUAAAGAAGUCUCUUUCAUAAUUAAGUUUAAUCAUGGCUGAAAUUGAAGAUGUUGAAAUGGUUGAUGAAAAUGAGAGGGAGACUGAACAAAAAAUAAUUAACAAAGAAAAACCGAAAGAAGGCGGACAUAUUCCAUGGGUUGAAAAGUAUCGACCUAAAACAUUUAAAGAGAUUGUAGGCAAUGAAGAAGCUGUGCAGCGUUUUGAAGUAUUUUCAAGAGAAGGAAAUAUUCCUAAUGUUAUAUUAGCUGGCCCUCCAGGUGUAGGAAAAACAACUACCAUUUUAUGUUUAGCGAAAAUCAUGUUGGGCCCUUGUUUUAAAGAUGCUGUAUUGGAAUUGAAUGCUUCAAAUGACAGAGGUAUUGAUGUGGUUAGAAAUAAAAUCAAGAUGUUUGCUCAACAGAAAGUUACUCUUCCUAAAGGAAAACACAAGAUUAUUAUUUUAGAUGAGGCUGAUAGUAUGACUGAAGGGGCUCAGCAAGCCCUAAGGAGAACAAUGGAAAUCUAUUCUAAAACAACAAGAUUUGCUCUAGCCUGCAAUGCUUCUGAUAAAAUUAUUGAACCUAUUCAGUCCAGAUGUGCUAUGGUGCGCUUUGGGAAACUUUCGGAUCUACAAAUUCUGUCUAAGAUAAUUGAAGUUUGUAAAGCAGAAGAUGUAAGCUAUACUGAUGAUGGUUUAGAGGCUUUAAUAUUUACAGCACAAGGUGACAUGCGACAGGCUUUGAACAAUUUGCAGUCAACUGUUUCAGGAUUUGGCCAUGUCAAUAGUGAAUAUGUUUUUAAGGUUUGUGAUGAACCACAUCCUCUUCUAAUAAAAGAUAUGCUUAAGCAUUGUGUCGAUAACAAGCUGCCCGAAGCAUAUAAAAUAUUGCUGCAUCUAUGGAAAUUAGGUUAUGCUUGUGAAGAUAUAAUAGCAAUUAUAUUUCGAGUUUGUAAAACUCAUGAAAUGCCUGAAUAUUUGAAACUUGAAUUUAUCAAGGAAAUAGGUUUAACCCACUUAAGAAUUGUUCAAGGUGUGCAGUCUUUGUUACAGUUAUCAGGUCUUCUUGCACGUUUAUGUAAAAAAGCUAAAACAAUGCCAUCAUAGUAAUUUGUAACACAUUUUUCUUCUUGUAUAUACAAUGAAGAAAACUUACUUUCAGAUUUAUUUAUUUUUUAAAUAAAUUGUAUAUAAUGAUUCA